GGCUUUAUCAAGUCCUGCCCCUUUGCCCGGCCGCCGGGCUCUCUGGUAGCCAAUAUGGCGACUCCCUGUGUGUUCUGCGGCGCAGCAGCUUUCUACCGGCUCUUUCUCGGAGGUAGGGUUAGCCUCACCCGGAGACAAGGCGUUUGGAAAGCCGCGGCUGCUGAGUUGCAGACAGAUACUGGAUUCCAGAUAUUAAGGCUAAGGCACACCACAGGUGUAACAACAAAGAAAAAUGUUGCAGCCUUAAGACGUGAAACUUACACAGUGGAUUUUAUUAAAAAGCAAAUUGAAGAGUUCAACAUAGGAAAGAGACAUUUAGCCAACAUGAUGGGAGAAGAUCCAGAAACUUUCACGCAAGAGGACAUUGACAGAGCUAUUGCUUACCUUUUUCCGAGUGGUUUGUUUGAGAAGCAAGCCAGGCCAGUAAUGAAGCAUCCUGAACAGAUUUUUCCAAAACAAAGAGCGAUCCAGUGGGGAGAAGAUGGCCGUCCAUUUCAUUUUCUCUUUUAUACCGGCAAACAGUCGUAUUAUUCAUUAAUGCAUGAAGCAUAUGGAAAGCUACUAGAAGCAGAAAAACGUCAGAGUCAGUUGCAAGCCAAAGGUCUAUUUUCAGAAAAAACUGAAACCAAAGACCUGAUUGGCAGCAGAUGGCUGAUUAAGGAGGAACUAGAAGAAAUGUUAGUGGAAAAACUAUCAGAUCAAGAUUAUGCACAGUUCAUUCGGCUGCUAGAAAAGUUAUUGACACUGCACUGUGGUGCCGAAGAAGAAUUUGUACAGAGAUUCCGUAGGAGUGUAACUAUUCAAUCAAAAAAACACCUGAUUGAACCUGUGCAGUAUGACGAGCAAGGAAUGGCCUUCAGCACCAGCGAAGGUAAAAGAAAGAGCGCAAAAGCAGAAGCAGUUGUUUAUGAGCAUGGAAGUGGAAGAAUAAAAGUAAAUGGAAUUGAUUACCUGCUUUAUUUUCCAGUGACACAAGACAGAGAACAGUUGAUGUUCCCCUUCCACUUCCUCGAUCGACUUGGAAAACACGACACGACCUGUACGGUCUCGGGCGGUGGGCGGUCAUCCCAGGCUGGAGCCAUACGUCUGGCGGUGGCCAGAGCCUUGUGCAGUUUUGUCACCGAGGAAGAGGUCGAGUGGAUGAGACAAGCUGGACUGCUGACUGCCGAUCCACGUGUCCGAGAACGGAAGAAGCCAGGCCAAGAGGGAGCCCGCAGAAAGUUUACCUGGAAGAAGCGCUAAGUGUUCUUUCACGGGCAAGGAGAGGAAACGCCGUGUAUAUGUGCCUGGCAUGCGGCAGACAUACAAUAAAUAUUUGCUGGCUGGUAUGAGGGCAACACUAUCAGGCAUUUGAGUUGGGAGAGGAUUUAUUUUUAAAUGCUAUUUUGUAAAGGUUACCUUGUAAACAUAAUUUUUAAAAAAUAUUUAACUUCA